GUACAGUACAUAGUUUAAAGUUGGUCAAUCCCUUGUCGCGUGGGAGGAUUUCCGUUCAAACCCUCUCGUGGUGAGAAGAUUCUCAGCGUUCCCGCUUUGGGGCCUUCCAUGAUCUCCGACUCGUUAUUCCAGGAAUUCCCGCAUUAAUCUCCACAUGUUAACAGAAAAUUUUCUCCCCGUAAUAAUUUUCGAGUUUUCCCUUCUUUCGAAUUGAGUAUUAAUGACAAUAUGACCGGAUCGAAUUCGAUGCAUUCGUUGGGUGCUCGAAAUUGCCUGUUGAUCCGCAACCUUGUUCAUCAUUUAACGGCUGACGAUCUCUUCAAGGAAUUAACUCAAGUGAUCGAUGGUUUGUCGAGCGUGCUGGUUCGCAACUCCACGGUGGGAAUCGCACGGCUUUAUUACCUUGAUUUCGAAACCUUCGAAGCAGCUGCUUUGGCGAAGAAAAACUUGAGUCUAGCAGAGCUACCGUUCUGUGAUGGCAAGGUUAUCGUCGAAUGGGCUGAAGAAUUCAAUGUCGGCUUAUCGACUGAGACAGCUGUCGAUACUGAGGAUUACUUGAAAAGCACCUCCCCAAUCGGAUCACAAUCGCUGAUACUUCAAACGAGCGUGCUGGUUCGCAACUCCACGGUGGGAAUCGCACGGCUUUAUUACCUUGAUUUCGAAACCUUCGAAGCAGCUGCUUUGGCGAAGAAAAACUUGAGUCUAGCAGAGCUACCGUUCUGUGAUGGGAAGGUUAUCGUCGAAUGGGCUGAAGAAUUCAAUGUCGGCUUAUCGACUGAGACAGCUGUCUAUGAACGGUUUCCUGAUAUGCCCAUCGAUUUUGGCACCUGCUGGCCCGUUUCGCGCGCGAAACCAAUUCCACAUCAAAAAAUUCGCAUGAUUCCUGUGCCCGGACAACGUUGCCCGAAUGCUGACACACCUAGCAGUUUUCCCCAUCGUACCAAUGUUCGCAUCGAUUCCGACGAACCCGAUGAGAGCACUGAUGAAGACGAGCUUUCAUUCAUGCGUGAACGAGAAGAGUUUUUGCAAUCUCUGAAGGAAAAUGCGCUGCAGAAGAAAAGCGGCGAAGCUGUCGAAUUUUUAGCGAGUUAA